AAUGCCUAGUGCUUUAUUUUAUUACUAAAUAAAAGAGCCUCUUUUCAAAAUGUUUCGACAGAAACAUAUGGAACAAGCAAAAGCUCAAAAAUCUAAAAAAUCUAGCUAGAUUCAAGAACUAAGAACAGAGAACAAAUCUCUUCUCACAGCAACUCAGUCUCCUAGCUUAGCAAUCAGUUUCAAAGUCCAAUGAAGAGAUAUUUCUCUACGGUGUCGUCCAAGUUUCCACAACCAAGUUCAUCCGCUCAAAAUGUUCCUCGCGUGGAAGAAAACUUGAACCAGUUAGAAGAAAAUCAUCAUUCUGCUAAAAAACAAAAGCAAGGAGUAGAUUUGGAUUCUCUACCAGCAGAUCCAAAUAAAAGAAUACCCAUUCUGGACUAUCAUCCAGAUGAACGUGAUGAGAUUAGACGAGCAUAUAUCCAAAGGGGUCCUCAUCAACCUCGACUUCCUAGGUUUCCUCAAACAGAUUUUUAUGGAUAUAAACGUCGUUUUAAUCGUAAAUGGUAUAAAAAAUACCAUGAUUGGUUGGAGUAUAGUGUGGUAGAAGAUGCUGCUUAUUGUUUGUGUUGCUAUUUAUUUAAAGAUGAAAGCAUUCAUCAAGGUGGAGGCGAAGCAUUUUCAAGUAUAGGGUUCAAGAGUUGGCACAAAAAGAAAAGAUUAGAUACGCACGUUGGUGAGUUGAACAGUGAUCACAACCAAGCAAAGAAGAAGUGUGAAGAUCUAAUGCGACAAGAACAGUCAAUUCAAGUUGCGUUUGUAAAGCCGGAUAAUAAAGCUAAGCUUGAGCACAAAAUUCGUUUAAAGGCUUCAAUUGAGGUGGUGAGACUCCUCUUGAAUCAAGGAUUGGCAUUUCGUGGACAUCGUGAAGAUGAAUCAUCAUUAAACAAGGGUAACUUUCUUGAAAUUCUUUCAUGGUAUGCGAAGCGGUGUGAUAAAGUUAGUGAUCUUGUGUUGAAGAAGGCUCCAAAAAACAAUCAGUUGACUUCUCAUAAAAUUCAAAAAGAUAUUAUCACCGCAUGUAAGUUGGAAACAAUUAAAGUUAUUAUGGAGGACCUAAAUGGUGACUAUUUCUCAUUGCUAGUUGACGAAUCUUGUGAUGUGUCACGUAAGGAGCAAAUGGCAAUUGUUUUGCGAUAUGUUGAUAGAUGGGGAUCUGUGGUGGAACGCUUUAUUGGGAUUGUUCAUGUUCGUAAUACUAGUGCUCUAUGUUUAAAAGAAGCAAUUGUUAACUACCUUGGUCAACAUUCUUUGAGUUUAUCUAAUAUACGUGGACAAUGCUAUGAUGGAGCAAGCAAUAUGCAAGGGCGUCUAAGUGGCCUUAAAAUUUUGAUUCAACAGGAAAGUAGAUCAGCUCAUGCGAUUCAUUGUUUUGCUCAUCAACUUCAAUUGACUCUUGUUGGGGUAUCUAAAAAAUGUCUUCCAGUUGGAGAACUUGUAUUGUUGGUUUCUAAUGUCUUAAAUGUAGUGGGAGGUUCUUUUAAACGCAUGGAUGAACUUCGAGAAUCUCAAGCAGAAAAGGUUCAAGAGGCACUAGAUAUGGGCGAGGUUGAAACCGGUAAGGGCUUGAAUCAAGAGCUUGGUCUUGCUAGAGCUGCUGAUACUCGUUGGGGUUCACACUACAAAUCAUUUAAGAACUUCAUUAGUAUGUUUGGCUCUAUUACUGAUGUUCUUGAUACUAUUGUUGUUGAUUCCGAAUGUGUUGAAGAUAGUUGUAAGGCAACAGGAUAUCUUAGAGUUUGUCAAACAUUUGAAAUUGCUUUCAUAUUGCACUUAAUGAGAGAUAUUUUGGCGAUUACAAAUGAGCUUAAUGAAUCCUUACAAAAGAAAGAACAAGAUAUUGCAAAUGCCAUGUUACUUGUUAAAGUGACGAAGAAACGAUUGCAAGAUCUGAGAGAGGAAGGAUGGGAUCCACUUAUCGAGAAUGUGUCUGCAUUUUGUGUCAAGUAUGAUAUCUUGAUACCUAAUUUUGAUGAGUUCUAUAUUAAUUUUGGAAGAUCUCGACGUAAAGUUGCGGAGCAUACUUUCUCACAUCACUAUCAUGUCGAUAUAUUUUUUAAGAUUAUUGAUUGGCAACUUCAAGAACUCAAUGAUCGUUUUAAUGAGGAGAGAACGGAUUUGCUUAUUGGAGUUGCUUGCUUGAAUCCAGUUGACUCAUUUUCUAGUUUUGACAUCAAUAAAAUAUUGAGAAUGGCUGAAUUAUAUCCUGAUGAUUUUGGUGAAGAUAUAAUGGUUACUCUUAAAAAUCAGCUUGAGACUUAUAUUGUUGAUGUCCGUGAUGUUGAUGAAAGGUUCUCCAACCUGAAAGGACUUGGUGAUCUUUCUAAAGAGCUAGUUAAGGCAAAGAAACAUUUAAAUUAUCCCUUUGUGUUUCGCCUUGUAAAAUUUGCAUUGCUCCUACCGGUUGCCACCGCUACAGUUGAAAGAGCUUUUUCGGCGAUGAAGUUGAUAAAGAGUGAAUUGCGAAAUCGAAUGGAUGACGACUUCAUGAGCGGUUGUAUGGUGCCUUAUGUAGAAAAAAAUAUAUUUAAGACCGUUUCUGAUGAGAGUAUUAUGAAUAGGUUUCAAAAAAUGAAAACUCGUAGAAUACAAUUGUAAUAAUAUAUUUUAAUUAAUCAAACUUUAUUUUGGUGCUACUAUCAAUCUUAUGGUCAAGAAUUUGGAAUUCUCUGUAACUUUCUAUAGCUAUCUGUUUGGAAGUGGAGAGCCUGCUAACAAUUCUCAAACUACUUGCAACCAGGAAAUGGCUCCAACUAAUGAUCGUGCCCCAAAGCCAGCUGCUUCAACUACAAUGGAGGCAUCCUAUUUAAUGAACAAACAAGGAAGGAAGAGUCUGCUGCUCACUUUACUAGAA